AUGGACCACAAUCCCAAAUCGUUUAUAAUUUCGUUUCUCCAAAUCAAGAACGAUCAGGCGGCUAUCCAACGGCGCUACUGGCGGACCCCACGAGGGUGGGAAGGCACGUUGUCUGUAAUCGAUGCUCUUCGCGACUUUAUCUGCACUGACGAAGUCGGAAAAGCUUUCUGGGAAGAAAAGAUCCUUUCUGAGGCAACCCGGAUUGUAGUCGAUCAAAAACCGGCGAGUGGCACUUAUCCUAAAGGUGGAUACUUCAACACAAAAAACAUAAGUCAAAAUUUUUUUGACAUUGACGAACGAGAAAGGCAAGAGGAGGAACUUCUAUCAAUGAUGAGGAAGACAACGACCCGAAUAGCUUUCGACAGCUUGAAUGAAACUCAAGACCAACAAGUGAACAUAAGCGGUGAAAUUUUCGAAGAAACCCUUGUUGCACCGACCAGCCUUGAUCAUGAAAUAAGAGCAAAGAAGACCGCAGCGGCUGUAUGUUCGAUGGUCUCUUUUGUCCUGAAUCGAAGGAUCAAUGGAAUGCAACUAGCAAACUCAGUUACCUUUUUGGCCUCUGGAGUGUCGGAUCGCGUGAAUCACUAUCUGAAUUACGUUGGGCUGUCAUUGUCCCGAAGAACUGCUCAUCGUGCUCUAGAGGUACUUGGUGAAGAGGCGGUCAAACGAAUCCGACAGAAGUUCUCAAAAUCACAAGCUCUAAUAAUGCCGCCUUUUCUUUGCAUCGACAACCUGGACUUUGAGCAAAGAGUCCAUGCAAAGUCGCUUGGACACAACAGCAAGAUGUUCCAUGGUACAUGGGGGUAUGUACAUCAUGUAAACCCCACGCUCGUUGCAUCGGUUCCACCUGGUGACCUAACUCUUGAAAGCUACAAAGAAUACAUGAAAAAUGUAAGCACAAUCGAUGUGACUCCAAAAAUGUUUAUUGCUUCUGAGGCAGAGGACGAACAUUGGACAACGGUCCUGAAAUGUCAGAUUGCCAAAGUAAUCCUCCAAUACAUUGCUACACCCUCCGACAAAGACGUUCCAAUCAUCUCUAGACCACCCGAAGUCGAACAAAUUUCUCAUGACCGCCCAGAUAUUACCAUGCUCAAACUUAUGAUUGUUAAUGGAUGAGUGAAAGAGUC